GACCAAGGUCUCGUGGUACACACUGGAAGCAAACGGUACUCUACCUGGAAGAGGGGCUUACACUUUGCCAAGGGGAAGCUGUAGUUGGGAGCAUGACUGUGGCCCCCAACAAGAAAAAUCCUCGAGAUGUUGAUAUAAUGCUCAAGUACUCUGUAAAUGGUCGGCGUUGUUUUGUUUCAACGACUCAGCAGUAUCGGAUGCGAUAAUGCAUGGUGUUGAAGAGCAUAUGAUUCUGCUAUGUUUUCUGAUUGUCCCUCUUUGGAGUAAAGCUGCCAUAGUGUUGAAGAGCAUAUGAUUCUGCUAUGUUUUCCUGAUUGUCCCUCUUUGCAGUAAAGCAGAACGAGUCUUUCUUCACCGGAUAUCUAUAUUCAGAGCUAAUAUCAUUUAAUAUCCAGCUGACCCUUUCCAGGAGGCAAAUGCGAAUUUAUGUCUAUUGUUUCUGCUGAUUGUUUCUCCCACAAACUGGGUCAUUUUCCUUUCUAUUUGUUCUGAUAUGCAACUACAUCUUUUUGGCUGCAUUUUAUAUGAGGCAAGAAAGGACAAUAUUACGAAAAA